UUACAGAAGACCUCGCCCCUGAGAAGUCACAGCUGUGUUUUGAGAGAGAGAAAAGGAUGGGUUCACUAGUGAGGAGAAGAGCCUGAGGAAGACAGAACUGUCCAAGUACUGAAGGAAUGAUUUGGAAAGACUAGAGGACUGACCAAAUCAGUCAAGGAGAGAGAGGGAGAGACUUGCUGCUGUGAGGAAUCUGCUGUGUGCUCAGUCUGGGGCUGCAGCUGGACCUUGCAGUUGGAGCCUGCAGUCAGAGGUGAGCUAGGUGAAAGCCUUCUGCCAGAGGCUGCAAGGAAACACUUGUAGUCAUAUUCUAGCAGGAAAUACCCAGCAGUCAGAGUCUGCAAAGACACCUACAGUGGGAGUUUACUGCAGUAAAAGCCAGUGAGUGAGUAGUUAGAGUGAGGAUGGCUGAGUUAUUAGGAAGAAUAACGCAGGAUCUUUGCAUAUGAUUGGAUAAGAGUCUGUGUCCUGAUCCAUUUCUAUCUCAAAUGCGAGGUUUGCUGGGACAAUUUUGAUUGCAUAGUGUGAAUUGACUGAUUUCAUCAUAGGCAUUAUUCAGAAGUUAAUAUUCUUGUACUUGUAGCUGGGUUUUCCUAUGCUCUACCAUUUCUUUGUGUCAUUAUCUACAAGACACGUGUUGUUUCAGGAUCUUUCUUCUUUUAUUCUCUAGUUGCUUAUGCAUCUCUUAGGCCAGACUGGCUCUGACUGGGCCCUCUGUUGGCUCUGUGGUUUGACCCAGCGCUGUCUCAUGAUUUUAAAGUAUUUUUCAGAGUUGCAAGAAACAAUAUCUGAGCUUCGUCCAAAGCCUCCUCUGCACUGAUGGUAUUGUGACCUUUACUCUUGCUAAUCAGAUGCAUUCCCAGUGAUUAUUACAGAAGCACUCCAACAGUUUGCUGUGUUUAAAGCAUCUCUAUCCUGAGAAAUUUUGGAGGGAACAGCUAUUGGGUGAUCAGUCUUUAACCCCAAGACCUUUAUUCAUAACUGCUAUUCUUAAGAGCCUUGUUUUAAAACAUGCUUAGGGAAUUCUCUCCCAGGUAAAGCUUGGGUGGUAGCCAGGCCUUAGCUUUACCAGGAUGGGGAUUUGCCAACAAGCCCAGAUGUUUUCUGCAUCAAAACUACAUUUGAAUCCCUUUGACCUGGCAAUUGGACCUUCUAUACAUGACAGCUGGACCUAUUUUUAAGAUGAGCUUGGGAAUUAUUCUCUGGAAAUAAUUAUCCAAGUCCUUACUUGUCAGAGUCCAGGGCAUCUCUCUGAUCGCCCUGAAGGAUCUGGGACCUGAGCAGGAGGUUUGGAACCUGUACAGAGGGGUUUGGAGUCUGUACAGGAGGGCUGGAAACCUUGGCAAAGAGUCCAGGACGAAUUACAAGUCUCAAGAGUGUGAAAUGAGUAGCAGAUAGUUUAUUAAAGGGUGAAAAAGUAGAAUUUGAGGUUUCUUAGAAUGGAGACUGAAGAGCCAUGAUGGAGGAAUCAGGGCAUGGACCUGUUCUUCUUCCUUCUUGUUCUUGCCCUCCAUCUUCUGCAGUGCUGGGUCACAGGGAUUGGUUUAGAGUAGAGGUGACAUGCUUAGCAUAAGUGAUAGGUAUCAGUAAUUAAUUGUAAAUAAAGAAUAUGUUGUGGACAAUGGUUGGGCUGGAGGAAUGGUACAAAAGGGCUGAGACCUCCCGACCUGGGGGGAGUCGCCUCGUGUUCUCUGCUGCAGCAGGAACCUUGGCAGAGUGCAGAAAGAACUAGGAGAUAAAAAAGAAUAAACAACCUUGGAAAAACUGAACUGGCGAUUCCUGACUCUUCUUCUGCUUCUGGCACGAGGUGUUUCAGAGGGCAAAAGACACUUUAUCACCGAAUCUCGGGGACGAGAAUCCGAGGCUCACUGAAUCAAAGUUUGUCAGCUGUUUGCCAACUCUGGGGUGAUGGGGUGACACUGAGAUUUUGGCGCUUCUUCAUUGAAGACCAAAAGCUGGGUAGUUCUAAAAGUAAAGUCCUUUAUUGCAUGGCUAAACCAGUCUCAUGAAGGCAAAGGUGUUACAGUUUGUGCCAGUAUGCAGAAAGCCUUCUGGCAGAAAGUCCCCGUGUCCCAAGCACAAGUGGCAGCAUCUUAGCAGCAGCAGUGACUGCACCUGUAAUCUGCUUUCCAUGAGCGUGCCAGCAUUCUUAAAGCAGUGCAUUUUAUUCUAUUUUGAACCAAGUGGAUAGAAACAUGAGUCUGCUAUUGCCUUGCUGGACCUAUCCUAAGCUAAGAUUGAUGUACAAAAGUAAUCGUAAUUUCUUACACUAAUUCCACAUAUAUAACUGUCUUGUUCUAUCUAGGAAUGUUAGGAAGGCUACUUUGAUUUCAUUAUCUCUAGAGUUUAGUUAACUUUGGAAUAUGUAAAGCUACUAAACUUUCAACUAGGUUUUAGGUCCUUUUCUUACGAACUAAUUCAGCCUCUUAUUUGCUUAAGGCACUUCAAAAUUCCCUACGUAUUUAAAACUAAACUUGCAUUUCUACCUCAUGUCUGUGUGGCUUGAUGUCUUUUAGUUUCUCUGAAGGUUGUAAUUCAGCCCUCACAUCUUUGAGCACCCCCUGCUCUGUGUGGAUGGGGCCCAGGGGGAUUUUGCAUCCUGACAAUGGUGCACUAUUUUAGAGAUUGCUAAUUACUCCAAUUCACACCUGUUAUUACUUAUAUCUAUUAUCUGAAAUAUUCCUGAUUGUUGGAUCUGUAUUAUUCUCGAUUGCAGUAAACUUCUGCUUUCACUGUAUCUAUUGUUUUAUUCUGAUGUUCCCUUCAUGUUCAUACCAAGAGUCAUGCACCUUCUUUUUGAAACAAAAAGAAGGGGGAAUUACCUCAUAAAAAAUGUCUCAACAAUGCAGUAUUUAUACUUUUUUUUUUCCAGAUUUGUAGGUGAAGAUCCUCAGUUGAAUGUGUAAUGGCAAGGACUAACUCAUUCCCUAGCUGAAGGAGAAGAGAGUGCGUGUGUUUUUAUCAUCAGCAGGUUCAAAGCAGUCACCUGUUCAUUUGAUAAGACAUCAAUUGCCUCUGAGAAAAUGAGGCCCAGUGAGAAGGGAAAUGACUUAAUCACCACACAGCCUUCGUAACCAGAACAGGAGCUAAAGUGGGAUGCCAGAGCAUGGCUGUGUCUGGAGACUUGCAGAGGCAACCUGCCAACAGAGGCCUCAUGUCAUUAUCAUGGUAUUGUGUUCCUACUCAUCUUCUUCAGCUAUGCCCUGUUCCAGGCUCCCAAAAAGGACAUUCAGUGAAGUCAAGGUCAUCGCUUCCAGCUGAUGCAUUUCACCUGACCUAAAUGCCACAAUUCCUCAGUCUCAGCUAUAUGGACUUUAGAACAAUGGUCAAUUAUUUCUAUUUCCUUAAGAGACCCUGGACAUUCUCUUUUACUUUCCUAUGUAGCGAAACCUUGUGUCAAUGCCAGGACUGGAUUUCCUAAGUUUGGUGUGACACCGAGGCCAGAGAAUCCCAGGCAGCUCCCACCCCAGCCACGUGCCAAGAGUGGCUGCCCCGAACUGCUGGCAGUGCGAGUGGCAGUGCAGAGCAAAGCUGCUCUCUGCAGCUCCUGUGUAUCGUCAGCAUCUAGGCUCAAAGCAAGAGUCAGAGAAGGCUCUCUGAGAGAUCUUUACUCUCCAAAGGAUGGUGCAAGAGAGAGAGAGAGAACUGGGUCCCGCGCUUAACUUUUAACCCGGGGGCAGAGGGCUGGGGCAGGUACGUGAAUGGCUCCAGGCUGAGACAGGGCAGGGUCAGGAGAAGGGCACAAAGGGACAGGCGAGGGGAAAACCUGGGGUAAAACCAAAAUAAACCAAACACUGCAGGGAUAACCAGAACAAACCAUUGAGAGGACAACUUAGCAAAAACUUACCAAAAACCCACCACCACAUUGGUGGAUUAUAAUUCGUCUUUUUAUGUUUCUUAUCCCAUUCCAAAUAGAUAACCGGUAAUAGACAUAAAGGGAUGCAAAUUGUUUUCACAUUAGAACAUUUGAGCCUUUUUUAAAAUACUGAAACAGCAGAGAUGUUGCAGAAAGGUAAAAGACGUUAUAAAGGAAAGGUCUUAUGAAAUAUAGAUUAGGCCUCGCUACUUUAGCUAAGCAGCUAGCAAUAGCUUGCAAGUUCCAAGUUGAAAACUAUUUUGAGAAUGAGAAGUUUGUUAACACAACAACCUAUUCUUGGGGGAAAAAAAAGUGCACCUGCCUAAAUAUUAGAUCUGUUCCAUGAGAACCCAUAAAGGAAAAAUGUAAACAACCUCAACCUUGGCAUGUACACACAAAUGACCUUCUGACCAAUAAAUGAAGUAGUAAGAAAACUACCAGCCAGUGGCUGUUGCGCACAAGGUCUGUGAAAACUGCAUAAAAUACAGCCAGUCCAUUUCCAGGAAAACACCCCUGACUGCCAUCUCUGCAAAUACAAUUCCCACUUUCCAAUUCCUUUUUCUGCAGCCAGGUGAGAAAAGUAGUCACUCCUGAUCCGGACACCUCCAGAAACCAACUGCAAACAGCAGUCACAACCCUGAAAUAUCAACUUCCUUACUUCACCUGCCCACUGGGAGCUCCCACAGAGAGACCUUUUGUCCAAGGAUACCCACUGAAGAGCUCGAGGAGGGAGCAGUUUGAAACACAGCUCCUCCAGAGUUUAAACCUCCCUUUAUCAAAUGAGCACACACCAACCUGUGCCAAAGGGAAAGCAGGCAGGAAAGAGAAGCUCCUCUCCCACAACACUCAGCUCUGUGCUCCCUUCUUUUCUAGCUGGAGAGCAAAGGCCAUGGGCUGGUCCUCAGUUUGGGAAGGAUCCCUGGGAAAUGGCCUGAUCUGGGAGCCCAGCAGAGGGAAGUUUCCCAAGAGGUAGGAAAAGAUUCUCGGGAAGCAAUAGAUUAUGACAAUACUUCUGCAGAAAAAAAGAACGAAGAAAUAAAAAGAAAAAAAUAAUUGAAGCAUUUGAAAAAGUUCCGAGACAGAAAUUUCUGGCCCAACACGACAACUUCAAAGUCUCUGUGGUGUGUCAAGAAACUGAGGAAUGAACCUGCAAGGCUUGGAUACACUACAUUUGUGUCUGUCCUGCAAAGCACAGUCAGCUCCCCAACAAGACUUUGAGGACAAACCUUUUCCCUUCACCUCUCCACACCAGCUCUAGGCAGUCUCUGUCCACUGCAAGAUCUCCUUUGUCAGUCUGCAUUGACAAGAGUUGGCUGCAGGAGGAAUUUGCAUUGGAACUCCCACCAGAUGCAGGGGAAAAAAGAAGCAAUUCCUGAGGAAAGGAAAAGGCAGCACCACUUGGGAAGACACCAGCAUGAGUUCCCUACAGCUGUAGGCCUUGAAUCCCUUGCACAAAGUACAUCCAUCCGUGGGGCAGCACUAUCAUUUUGAUGACAGUGGUGACAAAAUUGCUGCCCCUUCCUGCUGCUGUUGCUGACUCCAAAUCAUGAGAAAUGUGCCAACUCUGCCAACGACAGGCAGAGAUUGUGAGAAAAAACCAGCUAGUCCGCUGAGAAGGAGGCCAAAAGAAUGCUUUCUAAUCUCCCCUUUCCAUCCUCUCCCCAGCCACGACAGAGGAAUGUCCUUUUCCUCUGUCACCCACAGUGACCCAGGCCCAGGCUGCAGCGUGGGGGCAGAGUCCGCCACAGCUCGCAGAGCCCGCCCUCCCCAGGGGCUUCCCUUGCCGUGCCGUGCCGUGCGGGGCCAGCCCCGGGAGCCCCCGGCCCCGCACGGAGCCCGCAGCCCCGGCUCCGCGGCGCUCGUCCCCGCCGGGUCCGGCCCGCGCCGGGGCCGCGCUGGGCGCGCGCGGGGCCGAGCGCAGCGCCCCCCGCAGGCCGCGCGCCGCCGGCGCAGCUGCGGCCGUUGCGCCCCGGGCGUUGCGGCGACAGUCGGCGAUGGAAGCCACGGCGGAGCUGCCGCUGCCCGCCGGGCUCCGCGCCCGCACCUUCCCCGCCAAGCUGUGGCGCCUGCUGAACAGCCCCCGCGUCCGCUCCCUGCGCUGGGACAGCCGCGCCCGGGGGCUGCUCGUACACCGCUCCCUCUUCGAGCGGGAGCUGCUCAGCCCGGGCGGCGCCCAGGGGCCGGCCCCGGGCACCUUCAGGGCCACGCAGUUCCGCAGCUUCGUGCGCCAGCUCUACCGCUACGGCUUCCACAAGGUGCCGGGCCGAACUGGCGUGGCUGCGGCGGGCGAUGCCGGGGCCUGGCUGCACUACAGCAACCCCUGGUUUCGCCGCGACCGCCCCGACCUCCUGCUCCGCAUCAGGCGCCGGACCGCGGCCAACAGGCAGCGGCGGGCGGCGGGGCGGGAGGGGCGCUGCCCCCGGCCCUGCGGCUCCCGGCAGCUCCCCAGGGCGCGGCCGCUGCUGCCGGGCGGGCGGGACGGGCACAGCCGCUUCACGGCGCUGCCCGGGGAGCGGCCGCCGCUGCCGCCCGGGCGCCCGCCCAGCGCCUUCCUCCCACUGCACAGGGAGCGGGGCCCGGACGGGCGGGAGCUGCGCUGCCCCCGGCCCGGCCGCUUCCAGCAGCUGCCCCGGGAGCGGCCGCCGCUCGCCCGGCGCCCGCCCUGCGGCUUCCACUUGCUGCACAGGGCCCGGCCGGGGCCGGCCCGGCGGGAGGGGCCGAGCCGCUUCCAGGAGCUCUACGGGGUGCAGCCGCCUCCGCUGGACCGGGAGGUGCUCAGGGUCCAGCCCUGCAGCUUCCCGCAGCUCCAAGGGGAGCAGCAGCCCCCAGCCUGCAGGCCACCAGCUGCUCCGGGCACUUCAGCCCCCAGUGCUCCAGCUGGCAGUGCUGGCUGUGCAGCAUCACCGGCCUCCAGCUCAGUGCAGAGUGCACCUGUGAAAGAGGAGUCACCACCGCUGGAUCUGGGCCUUGAAGUGGAGAAAAUGAUCCGGGAGAUCAGGAGCUCCCUGUCUGAAAAGUCUCCAGCAUCAUCGGCCUCCAGCUCAGCGCAGAGUGCACCUGCAGAAGAGGAGUCGCCACCGCUGGAUCUGGGCCUUGAGGUGGAGAAAAUGAUCCGGGAGAUCAGGAGCUCCCUACCUGAGAGGUCUCCCUCUGCUCAGGGGAAUCUUAAUGUUGCCCCUGAGCCUUCAGGAGAGGACACUUUGAACAGGGCUGCAGCAGAGGAAGCUUCAUCUGGCACCGAGAGCUGCAGGAACAGUUCCCCAGAGCCCGAGGAGCCUGAUCCCGUGUGAUCGACCUCUCCUGGAGGGGUGCCCUGCAUGGCAGGAAGAGACAGAGGGAGAGCCUGUGACUACCAGGCAGCUGGGGCCGGGCCGGGCGGAGCAGCAGUUCCAGCCCCGGGUGUCCCUGGAGCGGUGGGAGCUGCCGGUGGCCCCAGGCAGGGUCCCCUGAGGAGCUGCUGAAGGACGCUGCCCUGCAGAGCCUGAGGACAGGCGGAGACUGGCAGGAGGCAGCAGGGAGAAGCUGCAGGCCGGCAGCAGGAGCAGGGAGCAGGGAGCUGCUGCUGCCAGCCGAGAGGCCGGGAGAGCUGCUCUGCACGGGAGGAAGCAAGGACGGAGGGAAAGGCUUUGAAGAUGGGGCACUGGAAUCCCUCUGCUUCGAGUUCUGUUUAAAGAUCUUUGGACUUGAACAUAGAGAGGGAUAAUGAUAUGGAUAUUUAUAUAUGUGGGUUUUAAUUUGUAUAGUAAUAUUUCUACAUGUUUAUUGUUAUAUUUAUGACUGUAUGCUAUGCAUAUAUGUGUGUAUAUAUGCAUACAUGUUUGUAAUUACAUGUAUUUUUAUAUAUGUGUCUAGGUAUUUGUAUAUAUAAGUAUGAUGUUUUGUGUUUAGUUCUAUUUCCUUUGUAUACAAUUGUGUAGUUAUUUCUAUUGAUGUCGUAGUUAUAUGGCUCUUUCAAUAGCUGUACCGGUAUUUGUAUAAGUAAAUAUCUAAUUAUAUUUAUACAUAUAUUUUGAUCUAUUUGGAUAUAAUUCUAUUUACAUAUAUGGGGAGAUUUGUAUUGAUUGACUUCUUGGUAGAGGGUUAUUUAGAUAGAGAUACUGAUAUUUUUGUAUUCCUAGAUGGGCUUUAAGUUUAGAUAAUAUGUAAUAAAUUAAGUUGUUAAACACCUAACUGAUCUUUGUGUAUAGUGAGGUUUAGAGGUUUUAGAGGUUAGUAAUAAAUUAAGCUUUUGUUAACUGAAAAUGGUCUUUGUAUAUUUUUAUAUAGCAGUGUUGUAAAAAUGUAAUAAAUUCCUUUUUUAACUUAAACUGAGAUCAGCAUAGAUGUAUAUCAUCAGCGUGGGUGUAGCAAUUUGUAAUAAAUUAUAUUUUUCAUGUGAAAUCAA